UUGUCCUCUGCAACGACAGUGUAAACACGAUGAAGAUGGAGUCUGUGGUGGUGGCUCUCCUGGUGGGUUUGGUGAUGGGUGGAGGUGUGGGUGCCGUUGCUAAAUCCUCCUGCCCACUACCUGCUGACAUUCUCCCUUGCUUGUGCUUCGAUGAUGAUCCCCUUGGACUUGUGAUGGAUUGCUCAGGCGUGCAGAAUGAGCCUGAGUUAGCCAAAAGCUUCACUGCUAACUUCCCAACGCCCGACUUUUAUGAGCUAAGGAUUAUCCAUGACCCAAUGAAUCUGAACCAGAGUCUCCAUUUUCUUAAAAAGUCCACUUUUGGAGAAGCAACCUUCCAGCGAGUUAAUAUCACUGGCACACAGAUCAUCACCAUUGACGGGUAUGCCUUUGACAAGUCCAAAUUGACGCUGACAGUUCUCUCUCUGGACUGGAACAAGAUCGAGCAGUUUUCUUUCGGGUCCCUGGCAAGGUACACGUCCCUCAUUGCUCUGCACCUCGCCCACAACAACCUCCGCCACAUUCCACAGCUCGUGUCUCCAGUCUUGAAGUUCCUCGAUGUGACCGGAAACAGGCCGCUGGUGAUUGAACAAGAGGCAUUCGCUGAGACUCCCUUGCUCGAGCAGAUCAUCCUAUCACACACUAGCCAGGAGAAGCUCGAGCGAGGUCUCUUCACUGCGUUGGGACAGAUGGACGUGCUGGACUUUUCAGACAACAACCUGAAGGAAGUUCAGGGCGGGGUUAUUGUUACCCCCAAUGCUUCCAUGACCGUUAUUAACCUUUCCAACAAUGAGAUUACUAUGGUCCACCAUGACGCUAUUGUAGGUCUGGCCAGCAACGCCCUCCUGUCACUGGCGAAGAACGAGAUCACGCAACUGCAGCAGCUUCACUGGCAGCACAUCUUUGACCAGCUGAAGCUUCCCUAUGGUCUCAUCGACUUGUCUGAAAACCCAUUACUAUGCGGGUGCGAGAUAGCGUGGAUAGUUCUGAAUGAUGACUACCGGAACCUCUUCACCGAUACCACUAAAUGCGUGAAUGGCGAGAUGGUAAUUUUCCUCGACCCUCUCAUGUACACCACCUUGUGUCGUCCCUUUGUAUGAGCUCAGGAGGGUUUACGAAAACUGAUAAUGCUAAACGUCAUCCUUAUGUCGUCAGUUUUAUAAGCUGCAUCUCUUCCAUCAGAGCAUCCUAAUCAUCAUCAGUGCAGAAAGAUGCCUCAUAUGUUUCUACCUGUCUCUUUUCUUUUUUUUUAUUUAUUUAUCUAUUUUUUAUAAUUAUUAUGAUUACUUUUAUCUAUCUAUUCCUCGACCGGAAGGGGGAUUCUAAUUUUGUUAACGCACAUCUCUACAACCCACUGCUCCGGCUGGUCCCCGGAGGGUACAACAAUGAUUUGGCCAGAAGCACCUUUCAGUGUCCAUUGCAUAUAAAAACUGUGAUUUCAGUCUCGGAAACACUUUUGACGGCGCAUCGUUCUUAUUUUAUGAUAUUUCUUCAUCAGACCCACGGUUUUGGCGUAUUUUGCAUAUUUUGACUUAUAGAGCGAGCAUAAUGCGCGAAUUAUAAUUAUGCUGUAACUCACUUCAUGUACGGGACAGCCAGUUUUGGUUGACACCAUCAGACUCAGCAGUGACUGUAGAAUCAAGAUGUAUGGUAAAAACUUGACAAAACCAAAAAAAAAAAAAAAAAAAAAAGACUUGAUCUGUGGUUAAAAAAAAAAAUUUAUAACACGUUUUACUUAUGCCCACUAUGUUCAACAGUUAAUAAUUUAUUGCUAAAGUAUAUCAUUACAUAAAGUAGGAAAACUCUUGCGGACACGAUAGUGUGAUUAGAAUAUAGAUAAAACUCCACAUAUUGAAAACACAGUCAUUUAUAGCAACAUAUUACUCACCGCAACCAUCACGGAGGCGCGACACUUGGUGUUGCUUGUGCAGGUGGGCUCCGUAUGACCAGAUCUGCGACUUGUCUAAAAAUUAGAACACCCAAACCGCUGGGGGAAGGUCCUUUAAGUUACUCCGCAGCUUCAAGCAUCUAUUGUUUUGUUUGUUUGUUUUUAUUACCUACUGUUGCCUUUAUAGCUUGAAUCGGUUUCUACUUUUUAUUCUAUUCUAGGACUUCAUUAAAACUUAAGGAAACAAAUAAUGCAGUAUGUUCAUGUUUUAUAUGUGGAUUAAAAUGUAUUCUACAGUAUGCAGCCUAUCUGGUUUACAUUCACGUAUGUAUUUGUGGUGUGAAAAUAGCGAGUGUUAUGACAAAUAAUGUGAAAAUUGCCACUGUAUCUAAAAUUAAGUGCCUUAAAGGACAUGUAUUUCAUUAUCAAUAUUAUACUAAGGUUUCAGAAUGUUACAUAAAGAUUUGUACACA